AUGCUGAUGGACGCCUAUCGUGAUGAGAACCCCGGGAUCCGCAUCGCCUACAGGACGGACGGUCACCUUCUGAAUCAACGACGGAUUCUCUUCCAAUCGCGCGUAUCCACAACCACCGUUCACCAACUUCUCUUCGCCGACGAUUGCGCCCUGAACACCACCUCGGAAGAGGAGAUGCAACGGAGCAUGGACCUGUUCUCCGCCGCCUGCGAGAACUUCGGUCUAGCCAUCAACACGAAGAAGACGGUGGUGAUGCAUCAACCGCUACCCCACUCAGUCACAGCCCCAACGCGCCGCCGCAAAUCAGCGUGAAUGGGAUCCAAUUGCAGUACCCUCUCCGACUGAACCAUUUCCACCUCAGUUGUCUCCGUCGCAUCCGGAGGCUGAACUGGCAGGACCGCAUCACCGACACUGAUGCGCUGGAACGGACAGGAAUCCUCAGCAGCUACACCAUGCUGAGACAAAUGCAGCUGCGCUGGAGCGGCCACCUGGUGCGCAUGGACGACGAGCGACUACCCAAACGACUCUUCUACGGAGACGUCGCGACGGGUUCUCGUCGUCAAGGAGGCCAAAUUCGCCGUUACAAGGAUGCCCUGAAGUCCUCCCUGAAGCGUCUCCAAAUGAACACGGCCAACUGGGAGGAGCUCGCCCGCGAUCGUCCGACAUGGAGGAGAACAGUGAAGACGGGCGCUGCUAUCCACAAAGCCAACCGCAUCGCUGCCGCAUCGCGAAGCCCGCAAAUCCCAACUGCGCCCAGUACGCAACGCCGACGCACAACCGCUACCAACCUGUCCUCGAUGUCGACGGACAUUCCGGGCUCGAAUCGGACUUGUUGGACAUCUUCGGAUCAACUGUACCUCUCGGACCGCAUCAACAGCCGUCCCUCCACCCGCCUCUUCCUCGUCCUCUCUGCCGCCAACUGCCUCUGGCAAUUCUUCUGA